UGACCAAAGCACUGCCCACACACACACACACUCGCCCAUACAAGCACAAACAGAUGAAAAUCUGGAAAUUGUCAUUUUUUAUUAUUUUGUCAAAUCCAGCAGUCCAUGUGAUUUGGUGUCAGAAUUGGUAUUGAAAAACUAAAGAACACAAUCGGCUUUCAAUAAAGCCGUACGUUUUUCACUAUUCGGUAAAAAGGGAGACUUCAUUUCGAGUGGGUGAAAGGAACCACUGAGGUCGCAUUUUCUGCGACGACAUCUCGGGACAAAGAACACAUAGUUUUUGUGAUUUGUGUGUAAGGCGAAUAUAAAAAGGAGACGUCGCAAGCAACAAAUAGUUUUCUCCCUAAGAACGUGCUUAAAUCCAGUGAUUCAAAUUAAGUAAUAACAAAAAGAAGUGGGCACAGUGCCGCUGACCACUAGAAUAGCAGCGCACCACCAUGACAAUCAAGCCAGUAAGCGCACCACCGAGUGCGAAACGCGUUGCUGGCAAUGUGGAUCAGGAUAACAAGGAGGCUCAGGUGGUUGUGGUGGAGCAGUCGGUGGUUAACCAGACCCAUACCCACACGCACAACCACCGCAACGUCGUCAUCGAUGGACAUGGACAGAGUCCCCAGAGGCGUGGCGAGGUCUACGACGAAUUGGCACGCACCCAUCGCUGCAGCCCCCACAAGAGCACACGUUCGAAGCGUCGCGACCAUCACGACACCCACGCCCAUCACUAUAAGCGCGAUCGUCUGGAGCGCGAGAAACUAAACCAUCCGGCGGCGGUCACGGGCAACGGAUCACCCGGCGUGUCAAACAAGUGCAACAGUCCACCGUCGGCGUCCACUUCCGGCAGUAGCAGUCCCUCGGCGGUGGGCAGGAAUUCACCCGAGCAUUUGGGACUAGGCUGUGCCACGGUGCCCAAGGCUCAGGUUCAAAUGUCGCCGGCAACGGCAGCUGCUAAUCUGGUGAAAACUGUGGAGGAGACCUUCUCCGGCUACAACAGCGGCGAUGAGCACCUUCAGCCCAAGGAGCGCUUGAUUCCGGUGGAGGAGUGGCAGCGCCGCGAUCUGGAGUUCGCCAAGUGCAUGGAGCAGCGCGGCUACGAACUGAAGCCUGUCGAGGAGGACGGCGCCUGCCUCUUUCGCUCUAUUUCGCUGCAGAUCUACGGCGACGAGGAAAUGCACGAUGUGAUCCGCCAGCACACCAUGGAUUAUAUUAACGAGAAUCGAGAGUACUUUGGUCAGUUCGUCACCGAGGACAUCAACAGCUAUAUACAGCGCAAACGAGCUCGUGAUGCUCAUGGCAACCACAUCGAGAUCCAGGCCAUAUCCGAGAUCUACAGCCGCACCGUCGAAGUAUACUGCUACCAGUCGAAUCCUAUUAACAUCUUCAACUCGGAACAGUCCCAGGCUGGCUAUCCACCACUGCGUUUAUCCUAUCAGCGCGGAUCACACUACAAUGCUAUAUUAGAUCCCUACAACGCCACCGUGGGCGUGGGCUUGGGCUUGGCUGGUUACAAGCCCGAGAUCCAAACUAAAGAGGCAGUGCGUCUCAGCGAGCAGUUGGAGAUUGAGCAGACCAUGUUCGAGGAUAAGCUUAAGACAACAGACUGGGAGGCCACCAAUGAAGCCAUCGAGGAGCAAAUCGCUCGCGAAUCCUACCUGCAGUGGUGUCGCGAGAAUAUGCAACGUUCGCGCAGCAGCAACACAGCCGCAGGUUCGGCCACCUCCUCUACGGUUACAUCGGCGGAGGCGCUCACCGAUUCGGAUGCCUCGCCCUCGAAAUACACCUCGUGUGGCGGCACCGGCAGCAGUGGCAAUCCGGCCGUGACUUUGACCAGUGCUGGUGGUGCUGAUGCCACAGCUCCUGCGUUCUCCCUGUCGCCGAAAACGCUCAGUCAGUUCAGUCACAAGCUGCCGCCGGAGGUGAACGAAUUGGCUGGCUACGACAGCGAUGCCACAGAUAUGAGCAGCACCAGCUCGGUGGGUCAUUGCGGCGGGAACUCGUCGCCCAGCACGGCGUCUGGUCAGCGUUCCAGCAAGGGAACCAAGUCGCAACGUCGCACAACUGCCCUCAGAAAGAAGCGUCGCCACGAGACUCGCGAGGCGCCCCUGUCCGGCAAGAGCGCUGAGGCUUUAGAGGCUCCGCUCAGGAAGAGUCCGAAGCGCGAUUCCGGGCCCUCUGUGGCUCGCGCCAACACGCCAGAGGCUGAGCAGCGCCCUUGCACCUCGAAGCAGUCCUCCAAUUCGCCACAGAAGAGCGGAGACUCAAAGUCGCCGAGGGAGCAGAGCUAUUCCAACUUCUACCAGGAGUUGCUCGAGGCAUCCUACGCCAAUGAGGGAGUUAAUGAGAGCGAGAUGCUGCAGCAGGCCAUCCAGAUGUCGACGCGCGAUUACAUGGAGGACCAAAAGCGAAAGUUUCUCUGCGGACCGUAGGCGCUGAAUUAUCGUCGCGCUUCGUUCUAUGUACAGUGAUCUAAGAGUUCUUUUCGCAACGAAAACGAAACACAAAACUUACCAAAAAGAAAAAAACAAUACGCAGAAAUUAUCUACGAUCUUGAAUGUUAAUAAGUGGGCGUGAAACGAACUUUGCAAUGUUUGCAAUGGAAAUCGAGGCACACCCGCUUUUACACAUUUUCACUCUCACAUAACACUAUCCUUAUAAAUAUUAUAAACAUAUAUUUUCUAAUUAGGCCUCGUUGUAUAAUCAUCAGAACCGAAAUUGAAAAAAAAAUCCAUGAAUGGUUCAUUAUUGAAUUUCCUGAUUUGAAUGUGUAUAAAGCACAAAUUUUGAUAAGCCGUCAACCCCGACCUGUCCGCUUUUUUACCGUGAAUAAAUACCCCUCCAUGCCACGUUCCUUUCCAUAAAAUUAAUGCCUACUUUGUAAUACAUCAUAACGUUAAGCCUAGAAAGGUACGCACGCGAUAUUGACGGUGAAUCAAAACCUGCUCGUACAUAAAUAAACGAUAUAAAACUAACACGCAGACGUAUAUAUAAAGAUAAUAAUACGGAUAAAGCUAAUAAUUAAUUAUUUAAUUACUACAAUAAAUGGUGCAUAAUAAUCGUAA